GAGAAAGGGAGCAAGCUACGAGAACUAAAUAAACGAGGGCUUUCUUGCUCCGCUGCAGACUGGAGACGGAAGCGGCUUCUGCCUCCCGAGCCCCAGUCUGCUCCGAUUGGUUUUUGCGGCUGCACACGCGCUGUUGCUCUGCCGGUCGGGAGUCAGGGCAGCGAUGGCGACCUUUGUGAGCGAGCUGGAGGCGGCCAAGAAGAACCUGAGCGAGGCGCUGGGCGACAACGUGAAGCAAUAUUGGGCUAACCUGAAAUUGUGGUUCAAGCAGAAGAUCAGCAAAGAAGAAUUUGACUUGGAAGCUCAUCGGCUCCUCACACAGGAAAAUGUACAUUCCCACAAUGAUUUCCUCUUGGCUAUUCUCACUCGUUGUCAGAUUUUGGUUUCUGCACCAGAGGGUGCUGGAUCUUUACCCUGGACAGGAGGUUCUGCAGCUAAACCUGGAAAGCCCAAAGGAAAGAAAAAACUUUCUUCAGUUCGACAGAAAUUUGAUCAUAGAUUCCAGCCUCAGAAUCCUCUGUCAGGAGCCCAGCAGUUUGUGGCAAAGGAUCCACAAGAUGAUGAUGAUUUGAAACUUUGUUCUCAUACUAUGAUGCUUCCUACUCGAGGCCAACUGGAAGGGAGAAUGAUAGUAACUGCGUAUGAGCAUGGGCUGGACAAUGUCACUGAGGAGGCGGUGACUGCUGUUGUAUAUGCAGUGGAGAAUCACCUUAAAGAUAUUCUGACAUCAGUGGUAUCAAGAAGAAAAGCUUACCGUUUACGAGAUGGUCAUUUUAAAUAUGCAUUUGGUAGCAAUGUGAAUCCGCAGCCUUACUUAAAGAAUAGUGUAGUAGCGUACAAUAACUUAAUUGAAUGCCCUCCAGCAUAUUCAGUUCCUUCUACUGGUCAGAAUCCAGCUUCCCACCCACCUCCUGAUGAUGCUGAGCAGCAGGCAGCUCUCCUGUUAGCUUGCUCAGGGGAUACUUUGCCAGCUUCAUUGCCUCCUGUAAACAUGUAUGACCUUUUUGAAGCUUUACAGGUGCACAGAGAAAUGAUUCCUACACAUACGGUAUAUGCCCUGAACAUUGAAAGGAUCAUCAUGAAACUCUGGCAUCCAAAUCAUGAAGAGCUUCAACAGGACAAAAUUCAUCGGCAACGUUUGGCCACUAGGGAGGGGCUGCUGCUCUGCUGAUGUAGCAGUUGAGAUCUGAGGGUGUUGAACUCUUACCAAAUUGAUGUCUAAGAACUGGAUUUUUUGUCUACAUUUCAAGGCUGAAAUGUGCAAUGCAUAACCACUUCCUAUGGAAAUGACUUGUGUUAAUGUAUUUAUGUGCUACUAUGAAGCCAUAUUAUAAACCUGACCUUUGUUAAUGAUCCA